AUGGCUCCCUCGCGCACUGGCUGUGCCACUCUGAAGACUGUCAUGAUUUGCUUCAACACCAUUAUCCUUGUUGUCGGCUGCACCAUGGUGGGACUGGGCCUGUGGAUUAAACUGGGAAGCGCCUCCUUCGUCAGGGUCUUGGGCGCCACCUCGGUGUACUUUGCCCACGUCGGGUACUUCUGCAUCGUGGCGGGCAGCAUGGUGGUCGUGCUGGGGUUCAUGGGCUGCUGGGGCGCGGUGAAAGAGAACAGAUGCCUCCUGCUGACGUACUUCUUAAUAAUGCUGAUCAUCUUCAUCGCUGAAAUCGCAGCAGCUGUCGUCGUAUUCGCUUUCACGUCCUUCGCUCGCAGUAUCGUCCUAGACAAAUCGCUGGCUGCCUUGAAGAAGAAAUACAGCGGCUACAAACACGAUGAUAUUGUGUCCUAUGGAUGGAAUGCAUUCAUGCUGAAGCUGAACUGCUGCGGGGUUCAUAACUACACAGACUUUUCCGGCUCUGCCUUUCAAAUACGGACCAACCUGACUUAUCCCAAAAGCUGCUGCAAAGAUCCAACGAGCGCCGCAUGCAACGGACGCAACGUCAGCAGCGUGGUCAUCAACCAGGAGGUCGCGGCCCAGUUUGGGGGUCAAAAAGGAAACUGUGGGAAUAGUGCUGUUAAAAACCUAGCCUGUGUCUGUUGGAGUCGGAGGGAGCAAGGGAGCACGUGGGGGAGUGAUCAGCACCCUGAUCUUGCAGCAAACGCUGCCUGGACGUCUACCUGCACCCACAGGGAUCUCAUGGCAGGAUCGGUGCCUAUGUGCUCUAAAUUCAAAACCAGAAAGCACCUUGUACACCCCUUAAGUGAAGGCUGUGGGGGCUAG